AUGGCAAAUAGGACUAACUCCACACAUUCCUACUAUAGCUAUGAAUACUAUAUGGACUACGUGGACCUUCCGCAAGUAGAUGAAAGAAAGUUGAAGGCUAACAAAUAUUCAAUCGUCAUUGCUUUUUGGGUCAGCCUUGCAGCAUUUGUGGUGCUUCUCUUCCUAAUUUUGCUCUAUAUGUCCUGGUCUGGCACAGUUCCAAUACGGGGUGCCUGUUCACACCGUAAAUGCCCAUGGAAUUACAUCAACUUCAUCUUCUUCAUCCAAAAGUCCAGAAGUCAUCAAAAUAGCUCCAAGAGCACCUUGCAACCUCAGGGCCAAAUCAAAGAACUAGAAGAUGGUAGUUCUGGCAAUGAGCAACCACAGGGCAAUAAUUGCACCCCGGAUCCUGUUCUAAUCAAUGAUGGUAAUCCUCCUUUCCCAGAAAAUGCACCUCAUAAAGGCCUGGUAGUCCAAGUUGAUAGUACAGUUGAAAAACAAGCAAAAGACCCCCCUCUACCAAAACUGAAGUUAGAAAAAUAAGAAAGAGUAACCCCAUGAUAUGAGCAAAAGGAACAGAACAAAUCAACCAACCUGGCCCUCUGCUUUUGUGGUGGCUAAAAAAAAUACCAUUUAGGUACAGCAACAGGUAUAGCCAGGUCAGAAUUGACUAUGAGGAAGACAAGAACAUGUUAUUGCAGUCUUGCAAAUUAAGAAUGCUGCUGACUUUAUGUAGGAUCUUUAAGUAGGUGAGUUGAUGUCUAUGUAUCUCCUAUGGGAGAAUGAACCCAUAAGAAAAUUAAAAAGUGACUUCAUG